AGUAAUUAUUCCCAACACCCCUGUGGACCACAGUGGUUAAUGUAUUCCAGGGCCCUAGGGGGAGCUGUCAGGAGGAGGACACCCUUUCUGCAGCUCUGCUCAGUGACCAUGUGGGAGAGCUGCAGGGUUCAAGCUUCUCCAAACCACAAAUCAUUUUCUGAGGAUACUCUUUCACCAAAAACAUGGCCUUCUCCUGCUGAGGUGUUGAUUCAAGGACUGAUCGGGGUAGAAGGCAAAGGCUGCAGAUACUCCGGGUGCAAAAUGUGUCCCGACCGUGCGAUUUCCUACAUCGGACAUGACUGCAAGGACAUCCCAGACUUUCUUGGGGAAGAUUAUGGCCUGUUUGCCAGAAGAUUGGAUCUAAGCUUCAAUCAGCUCAGGUCACUGGCGGGCCUCGAAAUGUUCACUGACCUGGAAGAGCUGAUCGUUGACAACAAUCUUCUUGGAAAUGACCUCAUGUUGCCCAGGUUACCCAACCUCCACACCCUUACACUCAAUAAGAACCAACUGACUGAUAUCGAGGCCCUGCUGGAACACUUGGCUGAUGUGACCCCCUCACUGAAGUACCUAAGCCUGCUGGGAAAUGAGGCCUGCCCCAACCAGCUGGUCAGCCCCGAUAAGGACGAGGACGACUACCAGAGAUACAGGUACUUUGUUCUGCACAAGUUACCCCAGCUGAAGUUCCUGGACACCAGGAAAGUAACCAUAAAAGAGGUGAUGGAGGCGCAGGCAAGAGGAGCAUUCAUGAAAGUGGUCAAACCAAAGUCGGAAGCUCCACCAAAUGAGGCUGGAUCUGAGAGUCACCCUCUGCCCUACACUCCUCUACCCCGAGGGUCCAGAGAUGCCAAGAACCACAGAGGGAUAUUCGCCAAGUGUCGCUACGUCUACUACGGCAAGCACUCAGAAGGCAACAGAUUCAUCCGAAAUGACCAACUCUGAUGGACAGUCACUGAAGAAAAAACAGGGACAUGAGUGACAAGAGAUGUUACCAGCAGAAAAGAGAAGCAAAUCAAUCUCCUAUUUAUUAAAGACGGGUGAUAUUUGAGUUACCCGAUCUCCCACUGGAAGAAAAUAUUUAAAGUUCACAAAUAAUAUGUUAUGCAAGGAGAAUGGUUUUUUGUUUAAAGUUUGCAUUCCAGCCCUAUAGUAACGGCCUCCUCUGCUGAGCUGGGUAUGAUUCUGUUUCCCUGCUUCCAGCUCAGACUCAGAGAUGACACUCCCACUGACAUGAUUGCCUCUAAGCAUCAGCAUCCGCACAACUAUAGACACACACAAGCACGCAAAGACAGCAUCUCUCUCUGUCUUUCUUUCCCUCUUUCUUUCUUCUCUAUUCUCUUCAGUGACAAACACACCGAUUGCAUCCUUUUCUUUGACAGCCAUGAUGGAUCACCCGUCCACUAUGCCACUAAUCAAGGGUGAAAGGGGUGACGGUCACACACCUGGGGCUUGACAUAGACUCAUCUCUCUUGUGCUAGCUCUCUCUCUCCCUAUGUUUCCAUUUCUUACACAUGCACGCACACACACACACACACACACACACACACACACACACACACACACACACACACAUACACAUAUAACUGCUGUUUAAAACAUUUAAGGCAUUGCAAAUAGUUUGACAUGACCAGUUUUAUAAAGCAUUGUUCAAAUUUCUAAGUGAUUUAGUCCAAACUUAAGGCAAGAUCCGGCUGUCUUCUUUAGUUUGUGGGAGACUAAUGAAUGCUUUUCCUUCUUUUUUUUUUUGAAUGAAUCUGAUCUGUUUAGAACAUUUUAGCCAUUUUUGGUCAGUUUCUGUUGCAGGUGCGUACUGUAUGUUAAAGCUGUGUACAGAUGUAGUAAAUGCAACUUUUAAUGUAUAAACCUUCCAAAACCAGCUUCAGAGAAGAACAGAGUUGUACUCAAGUAUGCAUUCCAGGCAUGGUGUUAUGUAUUACAGUAUGGUGUCUCUUUUCUCAUUGUUUUAAUUGUUCCAGAAUCUAUGCCAUAACUACUUCUACUGAAAUUGUCCCUUCACUAAAAAAGCAAAAGACGUACUCGUCAGAAAAUUGUAAUUACUGCCAUAUGUUCUCUACCAUUGUAGUGUCCAAAUGCACUAUAUUAAAAAAGAUUUUUUGGAAUUCUCGUAUGAUCAUAAUGAUUUUACGGUGCACUCAUAAUGUGUUUAUAAUGUGCAACAACCUGAGGUUACUGCUAUGAUAUUGAGCCAUCUAGUUACCGUUCUCCAGGCAACAUUCCAAUCUGAAACCUGGACAUGUAUACUGUGAUAUGGAUGAUUUGAUAUGAAGUGAUUAAAAGGGUUCAACUAA